CUGCCCUGUUCCAUCUUCUCAUCAAUGGCGAUCUGAUUGAGGAUACAGGAAUUGCGUAUACGUAGGUAAGCAUUUGUCGUACGUUCAUAAUCCUGGCGCAUUCCACUCGUUGAUUUGAAUUACCGGAGUCGGAACUGAAUAAAUUCAACCGUUGAUUGGCAGAGCCAUCGCCGGCGAAAUGUGGUCGCUUGAUUCAUUGGACGCGUUUUUGCUCGCUGCCAGCAAAGCUUGCUGUAGUCCAAUCGCACUUUUCAUUCAGAUACAGGGAUUUGUUAUUUGCUUACUUCUCGCUUUUGGCUGGGCCCUGGCUUCUUAUGUCAGGAGUAAAGAGAUAAGACGGCUGAAGGAAAGCAUAAAAGGUGGCAAUAACUUUGCUUUUCUUUCGUAUGAUAUUAAUGACCUUGAGCAUUCUAGUCAGCUCAAUUUGCCAAGGGUUUCUAUAGUCAUGCCUUUGAAGGGUUUCGGGGAACACAAUCUACAUAAUUGGAGAACUCAGAUUACAUCUUUAUACGGUGGUCCCUUGGAAUAUCUUUUCGUGGUUGAGAGUACAGAAGACCCUGCUUACCAUGCUGUAAAACGUUUAUUAAGCGAUUUUAAGGAUGAAGUUGAUGCCAAAAUUAUAGUAGCCGGUCUGUCAACAACAUGUAGUCAGAAGAUUCACAAUCAGCUGGUUGGGGUAGAGAGAAUGCAUAAAGAUAGCAAGUACGUGUUAUUUCUAGAUGAUGAUGUGAGGCUGCAUCCCGGGUCAAUUGGAGCUCUCACUGCUGAAAUGGAAAAGAACCCAGAUAUAUUUAUUCAAACUGGAUACCCACUUGAUUUGCCAUCUGGAAGUUUAGGAAGUUACUGUAUAUAUGAAUAUCACAUGGUAUGUUCAGCCGCGAAUAACACUUGUUUCUUUUGGUACGUUGUUAGAAUAUCAACCGUAACCGUUGACCUUUAUUUACAGCCUUGUUCUAUGGGAUUCGCUACGGGUGGAAAAACAUUCUUUCUGUGGGGAGGAUGCAUGAUGAUGCAGGCAGAUGAUUUUAGGACCAAUCGGCACGGUGUUGUUUCAGAACUUCGAGAUGGGGGCUAUUCAGAUGACAUGACUCUUGCAGCUAUCGCAGGGGCCCACAAGAGGCUCAUCACAUCUCCGCCAGUUGCCGUUUUUCCUCAUCCACUUGCAAGCGAUCUUACCUUCCCCAGGUAUUGGAAUUAUUUGAGGAAGCAAACAUUUGUCUUAGAAUCAUACACGACGAAAGUCAACUGGAUUAUGAACCGAGCACUGUUCUCUACCCACUGCUACUUGUCAUGGGGAUUUAUAGCACCGUAUUUAAUGUCUGCAAUUCACGUCGCUGCAGCACUGAGAUGCUACUUCAAAGGCUACUCAGUUGAUGAAGCAACUUUUCCCUUUACUGGGAUGCUGUUGGCUUGCUGCCUUGCAACAUGUACAUUGAUUGAACUUUUCUCAAUGUCGAACUUGACAAGAAUCGAAGUCAAGCUAUGCAAUUUGCUUUCACCGGAGGCUCCUCCUUUAUCACUUGCAUAUUAUAACUGGUCUCUCAUAUUUGUUGCAAUGCUGGUUGACAAUUUUUUGUACCCCAUAUCUGCGAUGCGCUCACACUUUUCUCAGUCUAUCAAUUGGUCGGGUAUCCGAUAUCAUUUACAGGAUGGGAAAAUAAGCAAGAUUGAAAGAAGCAAGGGUAAAGGACCUAAGUACACAGAUUUGGGAGGAAAGCAUUUGUACGGGAAGAAAGGAUCUCCAAACAACUAUUCUUUUCUUCGAUCGUUGUCUAGAAGUUACGUUGAGUGGCGACAACCCAAGAAAUACGAUUUAUAGAAACGUACUACAUUGUUGAUAAAUAUGUGAUUCUUUUCUUCCUUUUUUGUUGUUGCAAGUGUUACUUGGGGGUAUAGCAGAUGCAUUUUUUAUUUUCUUUCGAGAAAUAUCGUAUUCUUGAACUAAAAGGUGAGGUUAUUUGGGGCAGAUUUGAAGUUGGUAGAAGUAUUUGUUUUUUUGUUGAUUAGAUUCAAUCAGUCGAUUCUUCAGGUCGGGAGGUUUUUUUCAUGGCCGAUUCUUGUAAUUGUAAUGAUGUUGUAUAACUUUGUGAGGUUUGUUAUUUAUUCAAAUAUUUUUUAUGUGUUUGAUUGUAA